CAAUAACAAACAGGCAGCUCUGUUGACUGAACACAUAUCGGGUUUUCAUUUAUAUUUUAACCAGCAUGCUGAGCUGUCCUCGCGCAUGUCUUACAUGUUUUUCAUAGUGUGCAUUGUUGUAGCUAGUUAAAGCAACCGGAGUGAAAUUGCCGUUAGCUAACCAGUAACGUUAACGUUUAAGCUCAUUUGAACGUUUUUUUUUUCUUAACCGACCGCCAUGUCGUUAUUUAGUGUACAAGCGAGGAAGCAUACAGCUUGUUAUGAGCAUCUAAUGGCACCGCCAGCAUCCAGGAUACCGGGCAGAGAGCGCCUGGCGGAGCGGAAGGCGACGGACACGACGGUGAGCAAAAAUGAGGACACAUCCGAAGACUCUGCGUGUGAAGACAGCAGGAGGUCGUCCGAUAAAAGCCGACAUGUCAACAGGACGUUUGUCGUCCAGGCUCCCUGCCGCAGCCGACUCACUCUGCAGAGGAGGUCAAAGAGGAAGAGCGGCUCCGGAAGAGUGGACAAAACUAUGGUGGGAAGCAGCCUGGAGACCACACCGGCUCCGGUGGAGAAGAGGCCGACUCUGCAGCGCAGGACCAGGACGACCUCGAUGGAUAAAAGUGCACACGGGCAGCGCGGGGUUAGCAGCACUGCCCUGCAGACGACGCCGAAAGUUCUCAGUGAACCAAACGGCAGGACAGCUAGUGUGUUCAGGUCGGUAAGUUUAAGAGAAACUGCCUGUAAGGGCAGAGCUGCUGCUUUGGAGACCCAGGGGAGGCUGGCGUGCAGCAAAACCCCCUCCUCUUCUUCCUCGUCGUCUUCCACGAGUAGGCAGCUAGAAGACCAGACCCAAACCUUUAAAACCCCCACCAGAAAGACCCCGUUUGAGAGAAUCGCCGCCAAGAGAGACUUGUACGAGAGACUGGCGAGGAAAGACGCUCCCAAACCAGUGGCAGUCAAGUCUGCAAGUCUGACGAGGACCAAACCCCAAGCGGAGGACAAGACACCUGUCCCCGCUCCUCGGGUCUGCAAGGCGUCCGCAGUCAAGAUGCACUUGAGCAAGACGUCCACCCCGAGUCAGAAGAGAGACGCGGCCCAGGCCAGGACCUCCACUCCUGCUCCAGCGUCCACCGAGCAUCUCCUCCUGUCCCGGCCCAGCGAGGCUCUGAAGCUGCAGGAUCCAUUUAAGAUGGAAAACAGCGCAGUGACCGUAGCGGUCCGUGUGCGUCCGUUCAAUGCCAGGGAGAAGGCAGAGAAGGCACUGCAGGUCAUCUUCAUGGACGGUCAGGAGACCGCCGUCCAGCAUCCGGUCUCCAAACAGAGCUACACCUUCAGCUUUGACUUCUCCUUCUGCUCGGUGGAUGAGUGUGACUCCACCUUCGCCAGCCAGCAGACGGUGUACGAGACUCUGGCCAAACCUCUGUUGUUGAGGGCCUUCGAAGGGUUCAACACCUGCCUGUUUGCUUACGGACAAACGGGCUCUGGGAAGUCGUACACCAUGAUGGGCUUUGGAGAAGAAGAAGGGGUGAUCCCACGAUUCUGUCAGGAGCUUUUUACGAGAUUGGCAUCCAUGAUAAAUGAAGAGGUCAAGUGUCAUGUAGAGAUGAGCUAUUUUGAAGUCUACAAUGAGAAGAUCCAUGACCUGCUGGUGACCAGAGAUGAGCCAAACCAGAGGACGAUGCCCCUGAGGGUGAGGGAACAUCCAGUCCAUGGUCCGUAUGUUGCUGACCUCUCUGCGAAUAUUGUGAGCUCCUACGAUGACAUCCAGGGUUGGCUGGGGCUGGGCAACAAGCAGAGAGCCACAGCAGCUACAGGAAUGAACGACAAGAGCUCCAGAUCUCACUCCGUCUUCACCCUGACUAUGACCCAGACUCAGACUGAGUUUGUGGAGGGCGAGGAACACGACCACAGUAUCAUCAGCAGGAUCAACCUGGUGGACCUGGCCGGCAGCGAGCGCUGUAGUUCAGCCCAGACAAGUGGAGACCGACUCAGGGAGGGUGCGAGCAUCAACAAGUCCUUGCUUACCCUUGGAAAGGUCAUCUCCGCCCUGUCGGAACAAGCGCUGACGAGCAAGAAGGUCUUCACACCGUACAGAGAGUCCGUGCUGACGUGGCUGUUGAAAGAGAGCCUCGGUGGUAACUCCAAGACGGCCAUGAUCGCCACACUGAGCCCGGCGGGCAGCAACGUGGAGGAAAGCCUCAGCACCCUGCGCUACGCCCAGCAGGCCCGCACCAUCAUUAACGUGGCCAAAGUCAACGAGGACACCAGCGCCAAGCUCAUCAGAGAGCUGAAGGCGGAGGUGGAGAAGCUGCGGUCCGCCCAGAUGAGCUCCCAGGGGGUCCAACCAGAGCGGGUCAGCUUGUUCCAGCAGGAGAUCGCUGGCCUGAGGAACAAACUCUGUCAGCAAGAGAGAGAAAUGGUCGAGGCCAACCGGGCAUGGAGAGAGAAACUGGAGCAGGCGGAAAUACGCAAACGCGAAGAGACCAAAGAGUUGCAGAAAGCCGGUGCGACAGUCAAAGUGGACAAUCGUCUCCCUAACCUGGUGAACCUGAACGAGGACCCGCAGCUGUCUGAGAUGCUCCUCUACAUGAUCACAGAGGGUCGCACCACAGUGGGCAAGCUCAAGUCUGAGUCCAGGCAUGACAUCCAGCUGACUGGAGCCCUCAUCGCUGACCAACACUGUGUAAUAAUCAACACCCAGGGCACUGUCAGCAUCACUCCCACGGACAAUGCCAAGACAUUCGUUAAUGGAAGCCUCGUAUCUGAAUCCACCGUGCUACACCAUGGCGACAGGGUGAUUCUUGGUGGAGACCACUACUUCCGCUUCAAUCAUCCAGCAGAGGUGCAGUCUGGGAAGCGGGUGUCGUGCUGGACAGAUGCAGGCGAUGGCCACAAGGACUUUGAAUUCGCCAAAAAUGAGCUACUCGCGGCUCAAAGAGCUCAGCUGGAGGCAGAAAUUGAAGAAGCCCAUUUGAAGGCGAAAGAGGAGAUGAUUCAGGGAAUCCAGGUGGCAAAAGAAGUGGCCCAGAAAGAGCUCUGUGACCAGAAGCUGCUUUACGAGGACCGGAUCAGAGCCCUGGAGAGAGAGCUGAACGAGGAGACUGAGCGGAAGCGUCGACAGGAGCUGGACCAGCAGAGGGUGGCCAGCCAGAUGGCGGAUCUGAAGAAUGCCAACCUGGAGCUGGAGCAGGAGGUGGACACCCACAAGAAACGAGUCCACCUGCACAUGGAGGCCCGGGCGAUGGAGGAACACCGCGUGUGUCAAGCGAAGAUUGUCGACGCCCUGGAGGCCGAGAAGCGAAAGAUCAGCACAGAGCUCGAGGAGAUGCAGAAGAGAAGAGCCUUGAGGGAAAACCACACUCUCCGAAAUGUCUCUCCACAAUGGGAUGCCAUGAAGUUGUCCCUGAUGAUUGAGGAAGCUAAUAAGAUCGGUGCUAAACUGAAGAAAAGCACAGUCUUCAGCAGACACGAAAGCUCUGGAAAUGAGAACCUGGAGCAGGGUGGUCUGCUACAGGUGCGGGUUCAAAACAAAAAGCUGGGGAUCUCCACUUUCUGGAGCCUGGACAAGUUCCAAAACAACAUCGCUGCCAUGAGGGAACUCGACCAGGGGGACUCCACCUCUAAAGAUGACGAUGUCUUUUAUGACCCUGAUGAUGAGUGGGAGCAAGAUAUAUCGGCCUCCUCUGCUUCCACCUCCUCCUUCUCACGCCGAAGGAGCAGGAGCUUGUUGAAAAGUAGGAGAAUCUCAGGGCGUCUCUACGAGAUCCGGGUCCAUCCCAUUCAGAGCCUCCACAACGGCUCCUCACAGUCUGCUGGGUUGAUGGGUGUGGCCAAACCGCCCUCCAUCCAUUCCAGCAGCACAGACUCUGCCCUGCCUGGCAUCUGCAAGGAGCUGAUUGGUCAGUCGGUGGCCCGUCUGAGAGGUUGCAGUGGGACAGAAGAGAGCAUGGCAGACAGGCUGGCUUCUGAUCUACACCUGAUGUAUGUGGCGGUCCAAACCAUAUCGGACAUAUACGACAGUCUGGACGAUGACAGCCAAGAGAAUGUGUUUCUGUGUAACUCGGUGGCUCAGACUCAACUGGUGAAGGCCACCACAGCCGUAGAGAGCACGGUGUUCGUCACCAUGCAGUGGUUGGCCAGCGUUAGACCCUCCUCCGGCCGGCUCUACAACAUCGCUGAGGAACUCAAGAGCCAAGUCAAGAAGAUGGGAGGAUUCUUCCAGCUGCUCAUUCAGGGUUGUGAAUCUGAGAUCACGUCGAUGGUGACGGAGGCACGGAGGAAGAGCAGCCAGUGUCUGGACGCAGCAUUGCUUGCACUUGGCCAUCUGGCGGCAGUAACGGGCAUGCCGCUGAACGCUAUGGAGCGGGGAGCCCAGGCCACAGGCAAGCAAUCAUUUGUCAUGUGUCUGGUGAGCGGGACCAACAUGGGCGUCGGCUCUCUCUUGGAGGAAAGCCUCUUCAUCACCAGAGAAAUGCUGAGAGAGGCUCAGCUGGCCUACCCCAGGAACCCAGUCCUGCAGAGCCUAAAAUCGAAGGCGCUUGACUUAGCCCGUGCUCUACAGAACUACAUGCGUUGCCAUAUCACGAAGAGAGACGAGGGGAAGGGGGAGGAGGGGGAGGCCUCAGCUUCCCAUUCGCAGAGACUGAGGACUACAGCGACCAAGCUGUUCCAGCUGAACCAGGCCAUUCGACAGCUGCAUUCCUGUCUGUCUACUGCUCUGCGAGGAAAAGACACCGACUCCCACUUCAGCCACUCCAGAGAGCUGAUCUCCUCCUCUGCCAAAGCUGUUGAUGAGCUAAUCACCGGUCUGUCCGAGGAAGAAGCGUUGACGCCGUCCCUGCAGCUUCCCCUUCUUCAGAGUGUCAUGGCUGCUCGAGACGAGCUUCAUUUUGCCCUCCGGUCCCUGUCCUCCUGGAGCCAACAGGUUGCAGGAGAGAACAGAAGCUCUGCUGCUUCUGAUAAAGGCACAGAGGAUGAAAUAUUGAACAAAGACACUCACGGUGCCGUUAGAAAUCGAGUCGUGAGCAAGAUAGUGUUCUCUCUCGCUCCAGGUGUGUCGUCCAAAGGCAGCCCGCACUGGGUAUGAUUUAUGUGUUAUUGUUUACGAUGUGCUCCUAUCAUGUAUGAUUUACUGUAUCAAUGAAAUUCUGAUAUAGAGAAAACUUCCGCUAGUAACAACAAAUGGGUCGUGGGUAUUGUUUUUUUGUACACUCCCGUAUCACCAGCCUGGAAUCUCAAGCAACAAACACUGUUACAAAACAACAAUGCUGCUUUCUAAAUGUGAGCAAUAUCUGCAUAUGUUUUUCAGGCAGUUUUUACAAUGACAAAGCAAACAAAUGAAUUGAUGUGGAGGCUUUAAACUACAGCAAUAAUUCCUA